CACUAUCGCUUACCGUUAGCUGGCAACGUAGCAACAGAAUGCUCCGGUUAGCUAGCUAGCUAGCUAGCGUUGUUAGGAAACAACCGUCUUCUACCACAUCGAUACCGGUGGACCGGCUAGUUAAAUCAUCACAUACUGACACGGAUCCAUGGAUUAGUUGUCAUAACAUUGCGUCGUAGCUCGAUUUCAUGGAUUAAUGCCAACUGGCGUUAAAGUGGACAACAUUAGCUUGUCUUUUUAGCUGUGGCUAAGGUAGUUAGCAUAUGCUAGCGUGACGUCAUCAGGAGAACAUUGUGACUUGGAGGAAGGAAAGGGAGGAAAUUGAUCAGUAGGAUCACUGCGUGCUUAUGUAAAGCGAGCAUACUCGUUUGGUGUCCUGAGUUCACGCACUGCGACGCAUUUAGAAAAAAAGGACGACAGGAGCAACUCAAUGGCAUCGGAUGUGAUUGAGAGUGAAGCGGUGCUGAAGGCUGGAGGCGAUGUGAAGUUGAACAAUAGCAGCUUAGAUUGUGUCACACCCAGCAGGAGGACUCAUCAUGAGGAGCUGCUGGGACACAGACAGACGUCUAGUAGUCCCUCGUCUUCUGGAGUGUCUGGAGACGGUGAUGAUGAGGAUGAGGAGGAAUUAUUAGACGACUUGGAAAAUAGCACAGCUUCUACAGUUGAAAAUGGCGAAGAGGCACUUCAAGAAACCAAAACAAGAGGUGAGCCACCACAGGAAAGGACAACUCCAGACAAUGAGAAGGAACAGCCGGGAGCAAGACGAAGCUCUUCUACCCCAGUGAGCCUCCCACAGCCCAGAUCACCACCUGGACCCAUUGGAAGCCUGGAGCGGCAGGAGUCGGUCGCCACAACAGAGGCUCGCCUGAGAAUGGAAGGAGUUGAGCUGAAGGAAGAAUGGCAGGAUGAGGACUUCCCACGGCCCCUGCCGGAGGAAGAGGAGCUUGAAGAUGAGCUUUUUGCAGGAACCUCUGAAGAGAUAGACCCUGGCUAUGCAAUGGACCGUGGCAAGAAGGCUAAGAAGAAGCUUGCGGCUCCGGACAUCAGUCUCACACUCGACCGCAGUGAAGGGUCUCUUCUCUCUGAUGAGCUGGAUGACAGCACAGAGCUGGACCUCGACGACAUGGACACACCUUCAGACAACAGCAAUGAGUUUGAAUGGGAAGACGAUCUCCCCAAGCCGAAAACCACAGACCUCCUACAGAAGGGCGUGGAGUCGGUCCAGGAGUUCUCCGCCUCGGAGGAGAGGGAGGAGGGUCGACGCUGGAGGGUGUUUCGUAUCGGAGACCAGGAACACCGAGUGGACAUGAAGGCCAUCGAACCUUACAAGAGGGUUAUCAGCCAUGGAGGUUACUAUGGAGACGGUUUGAAUGCCAUAAUUGUGUUCGCUGUGUGCUUUAUGCCUGAGAGCAAUCAACCAAAUUACAGAUACAUCAUGGACAAUUUAUUCAAGUAUGUCAUCGGCACGCUGGAGCUUUUGGUCGCUGAGAACUACAUGAUUGUGUAUUUGAACGGGGCAACCUCUCGGAAAAAGAUGCCAGCUGUCGGCUGGCUCAGAAAGUGUUAUCAGCAGAUAGAUAGGAGGUUACGGAAGAACUUGAAGUCUUUGAUAAUUGUCCAUCCCUCUUGGUUUAUUCGCACCCUGCUGGCACUCACAAAACCCUUCAUAAGCACCAAAUUUAGUCAGAAAAUCAAGUAUGUCUUCAGCUUGACAGACCUCGCGGAACUGGUUCCAAUGGAGUAUGUGUCCAUACCAGAUUGUAUCAAACAGUUUGACGAAGAAAAAAAUAGGAAAAGCCGUAAAAGGUAUAUGCACUUUCACUCAGGGUUUAGAUUUUGAUGUGGUUGAUGUUGGAACCGACCAGGACAUGCACGGCAAAGUGGAGAUCGCUGCUGCUGCUGUUCCAGAGUGACCCGGCUCGCACUGCAAGAUGUGGAAGAGGAGGAUGUCGCCAACAGCCGCUCUUAUGAUGCGUAUGUCCUGGGCGACGUGACUGAAGAUUUAGCUCUUUGCAUCAAGAGAAUGCCUUUUUGAAACUAUGCUGCCUGUUACACCGUGGAACUUUUUACAGCUCGAUCUCCAGCUUUUUUUCCACAUGCUGUCUGAAAUGUUUUAAUCUGUUGUUUUUUUUUUUUUUUUAUUUACUGCCGAUAUAUCAUGUAAAAACUUAGCUUAUUGGUGUUCCCUAGUUACUGGUGUAUCUCCACGUUAUUUAAGGCACUCUGUUACAAAUGGUUGAUGCAUGUUCUGCUUUAUUACAUUUAAAUAUAUAUUUAUAUUCAAAAGGUGACAAAGGAGAGAAAUUAAUAUAUUUUUAUGGUUACUCUGAUUUUAGACUGCAUUUUAGGUCUCUGACCCGUUGAGUGGCAUUUCACAGAACAAGUUUUGACUGCAUCUUUUUCACUGUUCACUGCUGACGUUCGCUAUCAAAAUCCUGCCUGGGGAAAAUAAAGUUUUAUUUUCACUUGAAUGUGCCCUCUGACUUGUGGAGGGAGGACAUUUGUGGGAGCAACAAUCUGAAGCAAAGAUGUAGGUAUUCAUGUAACAUUUCCUCCAAGUAAAGUCAUGGAUCCACA